GUGUUCCGGAGCAAACUCCUUUAACAGAAGUGAAUAUAGAUGCCUGGCCUGUGCUUUUUAACUCCUGAGGGCUUUUGUUACUCCACAUGCUGCCAGCAUCACUGUUGUCGCUGAGGUAGGGUCUGGGUGCUGCCUGCUGGUGGGGAGGUAUUAGAAGCAUGCAGAGUGGAGCUGCCCAUGUACCAGUAGCCCGCCACCUGCCUCUUCCUCUCUCCACAGAUUUUGCCUUCCCCUCGUGCUGGCUUCCCUCCCUGCAAUGGCUACUGGUGAAGAGAUCGCCCCUGCCCUGCAGGACUCGUGGGGGGACUUCUGGCUCUUCCGCUUCUUUGUUAAUGCUGCUGGCUACGCGAGUAUUGUGGUGCCGGGAUUCCUUCUCAUCCAGUACUUCAAGAGAAGGAACUAUUUGGAGACAGGCCGAGGCAUUUGCUUCCCUGUCAUCAAAUCAUGUGUGUUUGGCUCUGAGGUGAAGUCUGUACACCAGGAGGAUGGGUCUCUGCCACCCCGGGCAGAGCCCACAGAGUCCUCCACAGCCCGACAGGUCUUCAAGCUGCUCUUCUGUGCUGCUGGUCUACAGGCCUCCUACCUCACAUGGGGUGUCCUCCAGGAACGUGUGAUGACGAGAACAUAUGGUGCCACUGAAACGGACCCUGGUGAGAAGUUCACGGACUCUCAGUUCCUAGUGUUCAUGAACCGCAUCCUGGCCUUCACAGUGGCCGGUCUGUACUGCGCCCUGACCAAGCAGCCACGCCAUGGGGCUCCCAUGUACAAAUACUCCUUUGCUUCCCUCUCCAACAUCCUCAGCAGCUGGUGCCAGUAUGAGGCACUGAAAUACAUCAGCUUCCCCACCCAAGUGCUGGCCAAGGCCUCCAAAGUGAUCCCAGUGAUGAUGAUGGGCAAACUGGUGUCGCGCAAGAGUUAUGAGUACUGGGAGUACCUGACUGCUGCCCUCAUCUCCGUGGGGGUCAGCAUGUUCCUGCUCUCCAGUGCUCCCAACAGGCACGUGUCCACUGUCACUACUUUCUCUGGCGUAGUCCUCCUGGCUGGCUACAUAAUCUUCGACAGCUUCACCUCCAACUGGCAGGAUGCUCUCUUCACCUACAAGAUGUCUCCCGUGCAGAUGAUGUUUGGCGUCAACGUGUUCUCCUGCCUUUUCACAGUGGGCUCACUCCUGGAGCAGGGUGCCUUGCUGGAGUCGGUACGUUUCAUGGCCCGCCACUCAGAGUUCACAGCCCAUGCUGUGUUGCUCUCCGUGUGCUCUGCCUGCGGCCAGCUCUUCAUCUUCUACACCAUCAACCAGUUUGGGGCAGCUGUCUUCACCAUCAUCAUGACACUCCGACAGGCCUUUGCCAUCCUCCUCUCCUGCCUCAUCUAUGGGCACACUGUCACCGUGGUGGGUGGGCUGGGCAUAGCUGUUGUCUUCAUGGCCCUCUUUCUCCGUGUCUACGCCCGCAGCCGCAUGAAGAAGCGCAGUAAGAAGCUCCCCCCAGGCGAGACCCCUGUACAAAAGGUCUAAGGAAGCUGAGGCCAUGGCAUUUAAGCCAUAGCCACUGUCCUGCCUCUGGUCGAGGGUACUUGCUUGAUUUCUCAGAAUCUGCUGAGGAGCACAGUGGGGUAUGGAUAGGCAGGACUGGUGACUCAGUUUUCCUCCUGCUUUUCUUGGAGAAGGGGCUGGAACAAGCCCAGGAAAUGCUCUGGGCUGCUGCAGCUCUAAACCUUUCCAUUUGCCUUAAUAGGGUCAAAGACUUACAGCCAAGGCACAGGCCUAGGGGCAUACCAGCAUGGAGCUGCUGGUACACCUGCCCCACCUCUGCCUUGUGGCUUCUCCCCAAAGUCACUGAUGAACAAGGGAACUCUUUUCCCUGGUACUGUCUUGCCUCUGGCUAAUGCUCCUCAAUUUCUGUAAGUACUACAAAGCUCGGCAGGAGGAAAGGGCAAACAAAACACUAGGUUUCUUUUUGAAACACCUCCGGGUGAGGCAAGUCCCUAGUUGAGCCCAUCCCAAGGGUGGGAAGCUCUCAGCCUCCAUCCCAGAAGGGACUCCAGGUAGUACAGGCACAGCUAAGGGAGUGAUUCCCAGCCUGUCCUACCCCAGGCCUGGGAUCUGCUCUGGGAGGGCACUCUGCAGUGAAAGCCAGUACCUCCCAGUUUAAUUUUAUCAGCUCUUUGCCCUUGCUCCAAGACACUUUUUCUUUGCUCCCUUCAGCCCUGACUUUUAUGCAGAGCCUGAAGCUGGCCAGUAUGGUUUCCAAGGUUUGCCGAGUUCUUCUAGGUUGCUUUUUGGUUAGAUCCGCUGCUGUUUCAGGCCAAAGGCUGCGCUGCCUGGAAGCCCCAGCACUGCCUCGGGGUGCCUCAGUGCCACAGUUUCUGGGCUUUGCAGUUGCCAUUCAGAGAAGCACAAACAGCCCCUCUUUUUCCUGCCAACUGGAGGCAUUGGCCCUAGUUUUCCCAGGACCUGGCCAGAGCCCUGCUGUGCCUGGAGGGCUGGGAUAUGGGGCAGAGCCUGCUUGCGGUGCCUUGUUCCUGCUCCACAGGCAGCAGGGGAUGGAAUGAGUGGGCACCUGCUCCCCAUGGAGCUGGGGAUGGAGCAGUGAAAGCUGUUCUUCCCCAGGAGCCUGGGUUUUACCAGUCAAUCCUUUUCUCCUCAACACAACCUGGCUGACAAACCAGCAGGUUUUGGUACUUUUGCAAGGCAACUUUUUUCUCUUUUUAUUUUAUUAAAUUAAAAAUAUGCUGCAUAUAGUGCCAUGGGCACAAA